GCGAUCUGUUGCACGUAUCGCUGGAAAAUGUGAAGCGGGAGGAAUGCUGAUAGUCGAAGGAACACGUUUGGUGCACGGUGAACGGAGUGCAGACUUUAUGAGAUCGUUGGACGAGCUUUGGAAGCUAUUAUCGAGAUCGGCAAAUCGAAAGAUCGAAUAAGCGAAUCGCGCGAUCAGCCUGGAUAGUAUAAUUAAAACGGAGAAAAGCGGAGUGAACGGGGCAAGGUCUGCGGAGGAACUGGAGGAACCGCGUUGCGCGUAGCCGACGGCUGCAAGGCUGCUCUUCCUCAUGGAUCCCAUCGUGCUAGAGAGUAACGGGAGCGAACUCGGUGCAGAUCAGCAGCAGCAGCAGCAGCAACAGCCUCAUCAACAACAGCAGCAGCAACAGUACGGCGAGGUGAACCAAUUAGGGGGUGUGUUCGUAAAUGGCCGACCCUUGCCAAAUGCGGUCAGGUUGCGAAUAGUGGAGCUUGCACAGCUGGGCAUCAGGCCGUGCGACAUCUCGCGGCAGCUGCGAGUCAGCCAUGGUUGUGUCAGCAAGAUCUUGGCCCGGUACCACGAGACAGGCAGCAUACUGCCUGGCGCGAUCGGUGGCAGCAAACCCCGUGUCACCACCCCGAAGGUGGUCCAGUAUAUCAAACAAUUGAAACUGAAGGAUCCUGGUAUCUUCGCUUGGGAGAUCAGGGAUCGUUUGUUGUCGGAUGGCGUGUGCGACAAAUACAACGUGCCAUCGGUGAGCAGCAUCUCGAGGAUAUUGAGGAACAAGGUCGGCGCGGCGACCGCGAUUCAUCAUCAUCCCCAUCAUCCGGCGCAUCAUCACCAUCAUCAUCAUUUGUACGCGGCCGCGGCCGCGGCUGGAGCCGCCCUUUGUCCUGUCCCGUAUCCGCCGACGCCUUAUCACGCAACGCCGCCGCCCGCUGUAACGCAUCAUCACCAUCAUCAUCAUCAUCAAGUUGGGCCGACGACGCCGGGCAAGCUGUCACCGUCUUCCCCGACCGCUAUUCAUCCCAGUGUCGGCCAUCAGACGGCUACUUCCGUCGGUCUACAGUGGCCGAGUUCUCACACGGUUCACGACAUCCUCGCCACCAGCUGCAACUUGAUCAAUUCGCAGUCGUCUCCGUCGCCAACGUCGCCAUUAUGCGCUACGGUGAACAAUAAUCAUCACCACGGUCACCAUCAUCACCAUCAGAGCAACGAUAACGCUGCCAGUAACAAUAACAACGAGGAAACCAGCGGUUACCAUCAUCCGCACCACCAUCACCAUCAUCAGCAGUAUUACGCGUCGGCUCUGUACCAUCAUCAUCAUCACCAUUCGGACACCGUCACCCCCGUGGCAACCACGUCACCGGUUCUCACUGUACAGUCGAUCAUGAUGCAGUCGUCGGCGACGAACAGUCAACCAGCUAGUCCCUGUAAUUGA